CGCGGCGGAGCGCGGAGCCGCGGAGCGCGGGGGGAUGCGGGAGGCGGCGAGACGCGCUGCCCGGCGCAGCGGCUGAGGGCCCCGCUCCGCGCCGGGCGGAGCACCCCCACCCCCCACUCCUUUUUGCAGCCCGGAUUUAGGAUCUAGCUGGACGCCUUGGGAAUUAUUUUUUGUGUGUCCCUGCUUUUUAUUUUCCUUUUAAAACCUUUUUUUUUUCCCCUGCACACGUGGAGAAACGCGUGGAUUUACUAACAUGAUCUUGGCAAACGCUUUCUGCAUCGUCCUCUUCGUAGAUGAGAUCCUGCGCUCCCUGGCUGGCCCCCUGUCCCCGCCGGGGCAGGACGCCCAUGGCUGGCGAGUGCCCGUGGAUUGCGUGCGAGCCAACGAGCUGUGCGCGGCAGAGCCCAGCUGCAGCUCCCGCUACCGCACGCUGCGGCAGUGCCUGGCCGGCCGCGACAGGAACACCAUGCUGGCCAACAAGGAGUGCCAGGCAGCCCUGGAGGUGCUGCAGGAGAGCCCUCUCUAUGACUGCCGCUGCAAGCGAGGGAUGAAGAAAGAGCAUCAGUGCCUUCAGAUCUACUGGAGUAUACACCUGGGGCUGACCGAAGGAGAAGAAUUUUAUGAAGCUUCCCCCUAUGAACCAGUCACCUCUCGUCUCUCUGAUAUAUUCAGACUUGCUUCAAUUUUCUCAGGAAUGGACCCCGCCACCAACUCCAAAAGCAACCACUGCCUCGAUGCAGCCAAAGCCUGCAACCUGAACGACAACUGCAAGCGCCUGCGCUCCGGGUACAUCUCCACCUGCAGCAAGGAGAUCUCAGCCACCGAGCACUGCAGCCGCAGGAAGUGCCACAAGGCUCUGCGCCAGUUCUUCGACCGCGUCCCCAGCGAGUACACCUACCGCCUCCUGUUCUGCUCCUGCAAGGACCAGGCCUGUGCCGAGCGCCGGCGGCAGACCAUCGUCCCCUCCUGCUCCUACGAGGACAAGGAGAAGCCCAACUGCCUGGACCUGCGCAGCACGUGCCGGACGGAUCACCUCUGCCGGUCCCGGCUGGCUGAUUUCCACACUAACUGCCAAGCCUCCUUCCAGUCCCUGACCAGCUGCCCUGGGGACAACUACCAGGCGUGCCUGGGCUCCUAUGCUGGGCUCAUCGGCUUUGACAUGACACCCAACUACAUUGAUGCCAGCACCACCAGCAUCACUAUCUCGCCCUGGUGCUCCUGCAAAGGCAGUGGUAACAUGGAGGAGGAGUGUGAGAAGUUCCUCCGAGACUUCACGGAAAACCCCUGUCUCCGAAACGCCAUCCAAGCUUUUGGCAAUGGCACCGAUGUGAACCUCUCCCCCAAGAACCCUUUGCACCCUGUCACCUUGCCACCAAAGACGGAGAAGAGUCCUGCCUUGCCAGAUGACAUCAAUGACAGCAACACCAUGUACGACACGAGCGUCAUCACCACCUGCACCUCCGUACAGGAGCACGGAAUGAAGCUAAACAAAUCCAAAGAGCAGAGUCUGUGCUACUCAGAGACCCAGCUGACCACAGACAUGCCAGACCAGAAGACAUUCGUGGACCAGAAGGCAGGCGGCAGCCGACACUGGGCGGGCUGGAUCCUGCCCCUCAUGCUCACUCUCCUGCUGACGCUGGUGUUAUAGGGGACGAAGACAGCGGCCGGCGGGACGGGGACGCUCACUCUGCAGUGCCCGCCGGCCCUCGCCCUGGCUCCUGCUGCGGCGUGGGGAAAGGCAGGCGGGAAGGACAUCCUCGUGCUGGAGACUGCGACGCUCACACCCCCGGGGGAUGCUGAGCCCCAGCGUGCUGGACAGCAGGAGGACCCUCACCAUGCUGGGAAAAUUCAGUGGUUUUCUUCCUAUUUUCAUUUUUCCCUUUUUUUUCCAGUCUUCUAUGGUGCAUUGGGUUUCUUUCCUAAAGCGGGAGCCCAUAGCUCGUGGUGAAAUCCCUGUGCCCUGCCAUAGGGGAUCCAGAGCUGCGAGCAGCACCAGGGAGGGAAAACAAGUGUGGAGUAGAGUUUUGGCAAAGAACCUUGCGGGACCCAUCAUCCUGGGUGCCCAGGAGUGGCUGCAGGGACAACGAGGCUUCUGUUUCGGAGCACCCUGGAGCACGACCACGCGUCAGGAGGCUGUUCCGCCUCCGCCCAGGGGACUUGCUCCAGCUCUUGACGUUGUUAUUGGGGUUUGGGGUUUGUUUUUUCUUUCCUGUGGUUGGCGAGAGUUUUAAAAUGGAAGAGAAAAGAAACUACUGUUCAAACAUUGUGAGAUUGUCCCGAUGUUCUCAAUCUGUCACUUCGAGGGGGAGAGAUUUCCCUUUCUUUUUAAAACCUUUGUUCAGUGGAGUUUGGGUUGGGAUGGGACCUGACCCAUCAGUGGCUGGAAACCUUUCUAUGUUCCUCUCCGUUUUCUUUCUUUUCUAUAUACAUAUACAGUGUAUGUAUAUAACAUUCACCUAUAGCUGCAUACAUGUAUGUACACACAUAACCACAGACAUCUACAGU